AUGAGAUCCAUCCUCGUGCCCCUGUCCCUUCUUCCCAGCGUCCUGGGCGCUACCAUCUACCUGGCUGGCGAUUCGACCAUGGCUGCAAGCGGUGGCGGGUCAGGUACCGAUGGAUGGGGACAGUAUGUCGACGACGUGUCUGUCACCGUCUCCAACAAAGCGAUCGGCGGCCGUAGUGCCCGCUCCUAUACCCGCGAAGGUCGCUUCGACGCCAUCGCCGACGUCCUGCAAGAAGGUGACUACGUGGUGAUCGAGUUCGGACACAACGACGGCGGCUCACUGAGCACCGACAAUGGUCGCACCGACUGUCCCGGGACGGGCUCUGAGACGUGCGAGACCACCUACGACGGCCAAGCCGAAACCGUCCUCACCUUCCCGGCAUACUUGGAGAACGCGGCCAAGACCUUCGUGGACAAAGGAGCCAAGGUUCUCAUCUCGAGCCAGACCCCGAACAAUGUCUGGGAGACGGGCGAGUAUGCCUAUUCGCCGUCUCGCUUUGUCGAGUACGCUCAAUUGGCAGCCGAAACGGCCGGUGUGGACUAUGUGGACCACGGCGCUUACGUGGCUGCCCGGUAUGAGGCAUUAGGCGCGGACACGGUCAACUCCUACUACCCCAAUGACCACACCCAUACCAGCCCGGAAGGGGCGCAGGUCGUGGCGGAUGCAUUCCUGAAAGCAGUGGCAUGCAGUGAUGCCGCGCUCAAGGAUGUCUUGACCAGUACGGAUUUCCCGGGCGACUGCCUGUAG